GCAGCUCUCUCCGGCCACCCAUCAGUGCUGGCUGCACAGAAUCAUCCUGGCACCGGUACCUUUGCUGACCAACUCCCAGCUGAUGCCUCCCCAGCGGAAUAUGUUGUCCAAAAUGCUUUUGUCUGCCGUCAGCCUCCUGCUUGCUAAUUUGCAGCAUCUCCUCUGCUCUCUGAUGCAAUUCAUUCCAGCGAGGAAGUGGGCAGCUGAGCCUCUGACAAUGGGAAAUCAACAAGCUAGAUGGAACAAGGAGUCAACUACCAGGACUUCCCAGCAGACACAAGGUUUAAAGUAUUUCUUGGCCAGCCCAUCAAGAGAGCAAAUCACCUUCCACAGCUCCAAGGGCUUGCAAUGCAUCUCACCCUUAAUUCAGACAGUAGAGGAGACCCCUCAUCCCAUCUCAGCUAAGAUCAAAGGACAUAUUCCCAAAUGGAUUAAUGGCAAUCUUCUGAGGAAUGGCCCUGGGAAGUUUGAGUUUGGUGAGGAGAAAUUUAACCACUGGUUUGAUGGCAUGGCCCUGUUGCAUCAGUUCCAGUUGGAGAACGGUGCAGUGACAUACCGGAGCAAGUUCCUGCAGAGCAAUUCCUACCUGACUAACAGCCAGCACAACCGCAUCAUGGUCUCAGAGUUUGGCACUCUGGCAGUGCCAGACCCAUGCAAGAGUGUCUUUGGGCGCUUCCUCUCACGCUUUGAGAUGCCAUACCCGAGUGACAACGCCAGCGUGAACUACGUUGUGUACAAAGGAGAUUAUUAUGUCAGCAGCGAGAACAUCCACAUGCACAGAGUGGACCCAGAGACGCUGGAAACGAAGGAGAAGGUGGAUUGGAGCAAAUUUGUUGCAGUGAAUGGGGUCACUGCUCACCCUCACUAUGAGCCUGAUGGCACAACAUACAACAUGGGCAACUCCUAUGGGAAGCAUGGGUCUAGCUAUAACAUCAUUCAAAUCCCUCCACAAAAGUCAAGCUGUAGUGACACCUUAGAGGGAGCAAGAGUGCUGUGCUCCAUUGCUCCAAUGGAGAAGAUGAGACCCUCCUACUAUCACAGCUUUGGAAUGAGUCAAAACUACAUCAUUUUCAUUGAGCAGCCCAUCAAGCUGAAUCUGUUGCAGAUUGUCACUUCCAAGCUCCGUGGGAAAACCAUUUUGGAUGGGAUAAGCUGGGAGCCUCAGUACAACACUUACUUCCAUGUGGUGAAUAAGCACACUGGGGAGGUGCUGCCAGGCCAGUGGUGCAGCAAGCCCUUUGCUACUUUCCAUCAAAUCAAUGCCUUUGAAGAUCGUGGCUGUGUGGUCCUUGAUCUGUGCUGCCAAGAUGAUGGAACAAGUCUGGCUGCUUACAAACUGCAGAACCUGAGGAAGAGUGGGGAAGGCCUAGAUCAGGUCUAUGAGUCCAUAGCCAGAGCUUUCCCUCGCCGCUUUGUCCUCCCACUGAAUGUGAAUUCAGAGACGCCCGUGGGGAAGAAUCUGAACCCCCUGCCCUACACCUUGGCAAGGGCUGUGAAGGAUGCAGAUGGCAAGGUCUGGUGCACACAUGAAAACCUCCACCCUGAAGGCUUUGAGGAGGUUGGGGGCUUGGAGUUCCCCCAGAUCAACUACUCCGGGUACAACGGCAGGAGGUAUCGCUACUUCUACGGCUGUGGCUUUGGGCAUCUGGUUGGGGAUUCCUUGAUCAAGGUUGAUGUGGAGACCAAGAAUUUCAAGAUUUGGAAAGAGGAUGGAUCCUACCCAUCAGAGCCUGUGUUUGUGCCAGUGCCUAAUGCUGCAGCAGAAGACAGUGGAGUCAUCCUGUCUGUUGUGGUCUCCCCUACUGAGAACCAAAGUGCUUUCCUGCUUGUCUUGGAUGCAGAGACCUUCCGAGAGCUGGGGCGAGCAGAAGUUCCCAGGCAAAUGCCUUAUGGAUUCCAUGGCAUCUUUACUUCCCACUGACUGAAGCCUCUGCCACCCUGUGUAACUGGGGCUGGGUCAGGCUCAGAAAGAAGCCUCUGCUUUCUUCUUUCACCUCCCACCUUUGCAGUAUGCUCUGGAUGGAGGAACUGCUUCUUCCUCCCUCGUAACCUCUGAGUUAGAGCUACCACUAUACAGCAAAGGGUCUGAGGAAGGCAGAAGCCCCUUCUCUCAAAGAGUCCACUGCUUUAUCUUCAUUUCCUGACGAUAGCCCAGUUAGCAGCAGCUCACAAAGGCUGCCAGGUGUAAGGCUUGCAAGGGAGAAAAUGGGGAUGAAGAUGACAUCCCCUUCCCCUGGCAGCAAUGCACUCUGAAGGGAAGCAGUAUCAGUGCUCAGGGCAGUGACUUUGGCUGAAAUGUAUAAAGCAGAAGAGAGGAGUCAGCCCAGGUAGGCCCAAUGAAGGGAUGUAAUUUCACCCCCAUUGUGUAAAGAUGGCCUUCAGUGACCUCCAAAGGUAGAUGCAAACACUCCCAGAAGCUGUACUUGUAGUGCUUUUCUCUGUACCCUAAAGGGCACCUUCAAAUAAAACCUUGUGA